AUGUUCUUGUUGGUUUCCCUUGUUCAGCCUCGUCGCCCGCGCAAGUACCGCCUCGCUAGUGGCCUAGCCGGAGCCGAGUCCUCGGACGAAUCAGCACGCGGAGGCCUUGUUCAUGGCACCCAGUCUCGCCGAAUUACGAAGCCAACUGGUGCCACAUCAAGCCUCAAGACCAGCUCGAGGCCCUCUCCUACCUGCACCUUGAAGUCACCACAGCCUUUCCUCUCUCGAUCCGAGGCUGCCUUUCCUCAGCUACUAGAUCGAAAAGCCUUGUCUCAGUCCCAAACUUCUGUCGUGGACGGGCGCAAUACGGACGCCUACAUGUAUGCUAUGGAGAUGCUAGCAUACCUAUGGGUCCCUUUGUAUGCUACGUCUGGCCUGCACUUUUCUUCAGCUUACGGCAUUUGGCGUACAAUGGUCCCCCACGGCCAUCCGAGGCGGACGACCUGGGCUCGCACCGUGGGGCCGGCUUCACAACACAAGUGCCAUGACGCUGGUCUGAAUGGAACCCUGUUAGCUCGCUAUAUGCCAGCUUCCGGCUGGUUACCAAUAAAAAAGGAUGCGAGUCUACGCAUAUCGACUCUCCACCGGCGGAAGGGAAUGAAUCGGGCACCUGAAGGCAGCUCGGUCCCUGGUCGACAUUACGAAUCACGCAAUAGUGGCUUUAUGCGUCUGACCCAUACACAACAUGGUCGAUAUGACUUUGUGCAAUUGAUUACACAGCCUGGACCAAUCCUAUGGUCUACAUGCCGUGUCACGGCUUACUUUUGCAGGUUUUCGACAUCAUUCGCUCAGAGAGUAGCCAUCGCUACGAUCCAUGGAUGCUGCAUGCCGGGCGCUGAUGAACAGGAGCACUUCAAUAGGAAUGUGCGCUGCGUGUUAUUCACCUCGGAUUACACUCGAAGCAGCUUGCAGUAUUAUAUGUACGAGGCUGUGGAAGCCUCCAGCGUCAUGGCCAAGUCCAGAUUUUUCAGCAAGUCAGAUGGCGCCUUAGUGACAAAGUGA